UCGGUGCUUGUCGCGGUCGGAGGUUUAUGAGUUCGCGCUUUGUUUUCAUGCGAUUUAUGUAUGUGUACGUUGGGUACACGGUGUGAAAAGUGUGUCCAUGUAUCGGCGUUUUUUAACAACCAGAAGAAGAUUUAUGCAUACAUCCAACCGGAAGGAAGUUUAAUUGCAAAAUGAAUAAAAAAUUCAAAGAAAAAAGAGUAGUAGAAAACAGUGCAACACGACAACCCUGUUAAAUACCUUUGCAUACAGCUCACAAAAACAUUGAAACGAACUGACAAGGAACAUUGAAACGAAACAAAAUAUGCACCUGAAAAAGAAACACCCCAUUAGUUAUGGAUCCAAUAUGGCCGAUAAUACACGGGAAGUACGAAUUGAGGAGCAAUUAAAAGUUAAGAUUGGCGAAGCGAAAAAUCUAAGCAGCCGAAAUGCGGCGAAUACAAGUUGCAGCACACAAGGAACCCGCGACGUAUACUGCACGAUCGCCUUGGAUCAGGAAGAAAUUUGUAGAACACCCACCAUAGAACGCACUUUGUCGCCAUUUUUUGGCGAAGAGUAUCAGUUUAAAAUUCCACGACGUUUUCGUUAUCUAUCCGUAUAUGUUUGGGACAGGGAUCGACACAUGAAACAGGACAAACCCAUCGGAAAAAUUGCCAUAAAACGCGAAGAAUUGCACAUGUACAAUCAUAAGGAUCAUUGGUUUUCACUGAGGCCGGUAGAUUCGGACUCUGAAGUGCAGGGUAUGGCACACAUCGAGGUACAGUUCGAAGAAUCACCCGCACAUAUUAACGAGCAACGCAUUAAUAUGCUGCGACCAAGCGAUUACGAUCGCAACAACAGUGAAAUUAUCGAGGAGUUCGUGCAGCAGCAUCAGUCGUUACAGAACGACUAUAAAGAGAACAGUGAACUGAGCAAUAUACAACGAAACAAUACGAACAAACAUCGAAGUACGGGUGGGACCGGAGGUGGCAGUGGCUCAAUUUUCAAUCUACAUCAUCAUCAGCACCAACAGAGUAUAGAGGAUGGUACCAACUGGAAGAACACGGCGGCGAAUGGAAAACAUUCUCGCGUGACAAUUCGAAUCCCAGAGUGCACUGAUUUGCCAAAGAAGAAUGGUACUUGUGAUCCAUAUGUCAUGUGUACGGCCACGUACUCCAAUAAACGCCAGAUAUCGAAACGAACCAAAUUGCGCAAGAAGACGGUUAAUCCCGAAUUUGAUGAGAGCAUGAGUUUUGAUCUGAGUAUUGACGGCGAGUCUUCGUCAUCGGCAAAGUCGGCACAUUUUGACUCGAGCAGUGGAGGGGGAACGAUUAACUCGAACAAAGCCUACACAAUAUAUCCAGUAGGUGGAGCUGACCUGUGUGAGAUAACGGUGUCCGUGUGGCACGAUGCUUCGGGCAUGUCCGAUAAGGUAUUUCUUGGUGAAGUCAAGCUGCCUAUGCGCAACAAACAACAACAAGCAUCCAUACAGCCCUCAGCAUGGUAUUACCUGCAGCCGCGAUCGCUAAGCUCCGCAGUUCGAUCAGUGAAUCCAUCGACGCGAUCUUGUGCUACUCCUCCAGGCACACGAUUAAGCGGCGAUAGCACAAUAGGGUCACUUCGUUUAAAAAUACUCUAUACCGCAGAUCAUGUUUUCCCGCUUGCCACCUACGAUGAUCUUAUGAAUCUGCUGCUCGAGUCCGUGGAUCAGAGGCCCAUUACUUUAUCAUCAGUGUUUAUACUUGGGGAAUUGGUAUCGUGCAAAACGGAUGUAUCUCAGCCACUAGUUCGACUGUUUACACAUACGGGUCGCAUAGCACCAAUUAUUAAAGCAUUGGCAGACCACGAGAUCUCAAAUUUAACCGAUCCGACAACCAUAUUUCGUGGCAAUACAUUGGUAUCAAAAAUGAUGGACGAGGCGAUGCGCUUGUCGGGCCUGCACUAUCUACACCAAACGCUUCGACCCGUGCUGGCGCAAAUACUGGCUGAAAAGAAGCCCUGUGAAAUAGAUCCGUCCAAAGUGAAAGAUCGUUCAGCGGUCGAUACGAACUUGCAUCACCUGCAAGACUACGUGGAGAAAGUAUUUGACGCCAUCACCAAGAGUGCUGUACGUUGUCCCAAAGUCUUGUGCCAAAUUUUUCAUGACUUGCGAGAAUGUGCCGGACGUCAUUUCCCGCACAAUCGCGAAGUUCGAUAUUCGGUUGUAUCGGGUUUUAUAUUCCUGCGUUUUUUUGCACCGGCCAUACUGGGGCCAAAACUGUUUGACCUUACCACAGAGCCACUGGACUGUCAGACAAAUCGUACCUUGACCCUGAUAUCUAAAACAAUACAAUCGUUGGGUAAUUUGGUAAGUUCGCGCUCCUCACAGCAACCCUGUAAAGAAGAGUACACCGGACAGUUGUAUAAAAAAUUCUGCACAGAAAAGCAUGUUGAGGCAGUGAAAGCAUUUCUGGAAAAUAUCUCUACCCCCAGUAUCGAUGAAAAUGGAUCAAAUCAUGAAUCCGGCAGUCUAUUUCCAAUUGGAGAGAAUAGUUUGGAGCCAGUAUUACUAAAGGAAGGAAUGAUGACUAAGUACCCGCAAUGUCGCAAGAGAUUUGGUCGACGUCCUUUUAAACAGCGCUAUUUUCGUCUAACUACCCAGUCCUUGUGCUAUGCCAAAUCGAAAGGCAAACAACCAAUCUGUGAUAUACCAUUGUCGGAAAUUGAACGUGUCGAACAGUUAAAUGAGAAAAGUUUUAAAAUGCAAAAUUGUUUUAAGAUUGUACGCAAAGACCGUUCGCUUAUAGUACAGACAACAAAUUGUGUAGAAGAAAGAGAAUGGAUUGACCUGCUUCAUAAAAUAUGUCUAACAAAUUCUAUAAGAUCACAAUAUUUUCACCCAUCUGCUUUUGUAAAUGGCGUGUAUAGCUGCUGUGAUCGAUCAGAUGAAAACGCUCCUGGUUGUAAAAACGUGUCGGCGGAGGCUAUGGACUAUUUUCAAAUGGACUUGAUAACCGCUCUGGAUCCAGCGUUGGAUUUGCAACGCAUUCAUACCCUUAUCAUGUCUCAUAUGACACAAUUGGAAGCAUUUCUCGACCAAGUCGGGGUGUUUCAUCAACUGCAGCAACAGCACAAUCCGUUGGUUGCAACAGCGAUGACACUGCAACAGCAGUCACCGCAUUUGUAUUCGAAAUUCAAAGCGACAAUUAUGCAGUUGAGAGAAGUGGCGUAUGUCAUAGACAAAGAUCAUCGAAACUACAAACAGGGAAUAUCGCGCGAAUUGAAGUAUGGCAGUCGGCAGGCACCGAUAGGCGAUGACAACUAUUUGCAAAUGAUGCGCACUGCGGGGCAUAUGGAUCUACAGGCACAGCAACACCAACAUCAGCAACAAAUUUUGCCGCAAAUGCAAUUGGUAAUGGCAUAUCCGUAUCAUCAACAACAUUCACAGCAGCAGAGUAAUAUGAACGCAUAUUUCAUGCACAAUCUGCAGUCAUCAUCGUCGCAACAACGCCAGCAACAACUUUCUCUCUAUCAGCAACAACAACAACAGCAGCAGCAGCAACAACAACAAAACAAUCAGCAUUCAGUGCGUGCAGCUGCAAUGGUACACCACCAUUCGUCAGCGACACCUUCCUCUAGCAACUCUUCCACCACAUCUAGUGUAGCACCUACUAUUACCCCUACCUCUAGCAUUUAUUUGCGUGAAAAGCUAUCAGUUGAGAGAUAUGCUAACAAAUGUUGAAUGAAAACUGGUGGGAUAAAAUCGGGCUUCACCUUAUAUUAAUUCUUUGUUUUUAGUUUUUUUUUUUUUAUCACGGUACUUACCUUCGCUUCCUCCAUAUGCCUUCCAAGACCAAAAAUGCAUCUACUACUCUAGUAGUAUCUCAUUUCAUCUCAUCCAAGGUAACAUAAACUUCACACACAUUAAACAAUGCUAAUCAGUAUUGAAUGAAAACAAAAACAUUAUCGUUUUUUUAUUGAGAUCGGUCUUUUGUUAUAUAUAAAUUAAACAUGUGAUAUAUACAUACAAAUACAUUAUUCAAAAUUGGGUGCUUAUAUAAGUAACAGUCGUGAAAGGGAUUGAUGAAUGUAAUGU